UGAUAAUCAAUUAACCGAAAGAGAAUAGUUUUACACAAUUGUUGCGCAAUCCAUCACUCCCGUGAAAUUGCAGGUAUACAUUUUAUGUUCGUUAUCUACGUGGACAUCACAACAGAUUGAUUUCAUCAUGAGCAUACGGUUUGUUCCCGGGUUGGAACAAGGCACAUCAUUUGAGGGUAAUAUUGAAAUCAACGAGUCCGAUGUUAGUACCUACAUAUUCUGUGCUGGAAAGGAAAUGCCAAAGGUAUCCAGAGAGGAGAUAUCAGACUUUGGGGAUGAAGGAUUUCUUCUUCAGAAUGUAUUUACAGCGGAGGAGUGUGAGGAAAUUAUUGCAAAUGGAGAGAAAAUCGGAUUUCAGACCAUCAUAGGUGUUAAAGAUGAUUACAGAAGUUGUAAGAGGAUAACCUUACAAAGCCAGAGUCUUGCUGAUGCCCUUUGGUUGAGGAUCAAGGAUCAUGUCACAGACAUAGUCAUAGAAGGUGAUCCCCAUCUACAGCACAUACAUGGAUCUCCCAUGUUGAUGAAAGGAACUUGGACACCUGUAGGCCUUAACAAUAUAUUCAGGCUCUGCAGAUACCUGCCCGGUGGUCACUUUGCCCCACAUUUUGAUGGUCACUUUGAUCGGUCAGCAAACGAGCGGUCACUGAAGACCUUCAUGGUGUAUCUCAACGGUAGCUUUGAAGGAGGUGCCACAAACUUUGUGGAUGACAGACAGCAGUUAUACAAGGAUGAGAGCACAGGAAAAUAUUGUGCGGAGGAAAAGAAUAUCUUGUGCUCCAUCAAGCCUGAAGCUGGUCUAGCCAUCAUCUUCAAUCACUUUAGACUGCAUGAGGGGGAACAACUCAAGUCUGGACAGAAGUACAUCCUGCGGACGGAUGUAAUGUACAAAAAUGUGGACCAGAAUCUCAGUGAGGACUUUGUGAUUGCCGUGGGCCUUCUGCAACGGGCAGAGACACUAGAGUUGAGGGCGAACGGGGGAGAGUGUUUGCAGGCAGCUGAGAUGUACAGGAAGGCCUUCAAGCUGGCCCCUGAACUUGAGAAAGUCACCUGAUGAAGGGAACGUUAAGGAGUGCUCAGGACUUCCAAAACCUUUAAAGCCUCCUUUUGGGAAAACAGGGCUUAAUGCAUGUGCAUGAAGUGUUGCAGUCCGCACAGGCUAAUCAAGGACAGCGUUAUUCUCUUUGCAAUUUUUUCGCUUACAGGAGGUCUUUUCUAAAUAAAAAUCCAUUGUAGGCGGAAAGUGUUGUCCAUGAUUGGCCUGUGCGGACUGCACGGGCUUAUCUGGGAGGACACUUAACGCAUAUGCAUUAAGCCCAAUUUUCCCAUGAAUUAGGCUUAUCAGUUACCAUAAUGUUGACUGAGUAAAUGUCUCAGAAAAUAUUGGCAAGCCUAAAACAGUGCCUUGAAAUGCAAAGCAAGCAGACAAUAUGUUGAGUGCCAAAAGUUAAAUGGUAUGAUUAUAUCUAUAGAGAUAGAAAAAAACAACUCCAAUGGAAUUGGUUUCAUCAUCUCAUAUAGCAAGCAUUUAUUUGCUCUUGUUUGUUUAAGGGGGAGGGGGGUAAUUUAUAUGCAAUACAUAUUUGUGCAAUUUUAUGGAAACUUGAAUGAGUUGUAAGGUAUCUUACGUUUUGUUUACUUUUAGAUUGAUUUACAUGAAGUUUUUUCUUAUGUACAUGUAAUUUAACUUUUUUAUUGUUGUGUUAAAAAUUUAACAAGAUAUGUUUGCUGCAAAAAAAAGGAGUCAAAUAUGUCAUGUAAUGUGAUAGUGUAUAUUUUUUAUAUAUGAAGGGAUUAUAGUCUCUUCAACUGAUGUUGACACUGUCAAUUUAUAGAAAAAUGAGUUUAAAGGGGCCUUUUCACGUUUUUGUAAAUUGACAAAAAAUUGAAAAAGUUGUUUCAGAUUCGCAAAUUUUCGAUUUAGUUAUGAUAUUUGUGAGGAAACAGCAAAACUGAACAUUAACCAUGGUCUAAUAUAGCCAUUAUAUGCAUCUUUUGACGAUUUAAAAACCUGAAAAUUAGAAAGCGUUGCAACGCGAAACGAUUUAAUAAUUUGGAGAGUCUUGUUGUUGUCGUUAAAUUUUGUGAAACUUCGAGGAUUGUUUAUAUAUAUAGUGUAAUAUACCUCUUCAUUGUGUGCGGAAGGAUGGUCGAGGGGUAAAAUGUUAGACUUUUUACUCCUAAGACUCCAGGGGUCAGUGGUUCGAGCCCUGUUGAGGGUUACUUUUUUUCUUUUUUAAAUUUUAUUCUUGAUUUUUUACCGGAGCUUGUUAGAGCAAAUGUUUACAUUUAUCAAUAGAAUGCAUUUAAUGACGACUUCAAAACAUGCCAAAAACUGUGAAAAGGUCCCUUUAAGCAUCUUGCUUGUUUUUGUAUUUUCUAUUUGGGCUGUGCUCUGUAAAAUGGGGGUUUAAUGCAUGUGCAUAAAGUGUCGUCCCAGAGUAGCCUGUGCUGUUAGGGACGACACUUUCCACCUAAACUUGAUUUUUGCUUAGAAGAGACUUUCUUGAAACGAGAAAUAAUAUUAAAGCGGAAAGUGUCGACCCUGAUUAGCCUGUGCAGACUGCACAGGCUAAUCUGGGAUGACACUACACACAUGCAUUAAACCCCUUUUUCACAGAGCACAGCGCAUUUUUUCUGUAUUUAUACAAUAUAAAACUGUUAUUUGAAAACACAUAAUUCAAAUUUA